AUGACUCGUUUGAAUUUGAAUUCACCCGCGUCGCAUCGUUCCGUCCAUUAUCGUUCAGUUAACUUUUUCAAAUACGUUGUAACGUGAUUAACGGGUUUCGUACGACAGGCCACAACAGCUGUCAAACGAGUUUACGAGUUUAUCGGAGGUUUACGCCGCACGUCGAACCGCGUGACAACCCACGCGUUGAGGUUAGGUUGUUCGCUGUCUAACGCGCCUUUUUCGAAUAGAUUCCUCGCCACGUUACACGGUAAAUCGAUUUAUGCGGAUAUUAGUGCGAAGGAACUGUUAGUGAUAAGAACACGUUUCCUAAGCAACGGAUAAGAGAACAAUGGGAUCCGUGAAAAUAGAGUGAAUGUUUUCGAACGGUCGUAUUUCGUGCAGUGACUUCUUUGGUGUACAAAAUAUGGAUAAUUCUGCGUAUGUGCCGAAUCAUCUACCGCCGCCAUCCCUGGUCGUGUUUUCACAGGCCGGGGGGCUGCCGGAGGCUCUGAGAAUGCAAAGACCCUUCAAUCCACAAGUGACCGACUCGAAGGAUCUCCAAGUGCCGUUCAGCACUGCGGCUUCUCUGGGUUACGGCCUCCAUCAUAUGCUCCACUUGCCGCCGCAAUUUUUGCACCCUCUGGAUCACCGUUUACCGUUCGGAGGGUUCAGGCCCCUGGGGCCAUCGGCUUUCGCUCCGCCGAGCAAGUGUCUGAAAGUGGAAACAGGAAACGGCCCGGUCACCGGUUCCGGUUUGCCAAGUAUCGGCUCAUUGUCGAGCAUGUCGAACAUGUUCUCGCCUUCGUCGUUGUCCUCGGCCAGCGGAGGCGCCGUCGUCUCUGUUUCUGGAGCGUCGGCGAGCAUCGGAGGCGUCGGAGGCGUCGGAGGCGUCGGAGGAGGUGCGAGCGCGGCAGCGGCACAGGAAGUCGCACCGCAGAGUCCCGCUGGCUCUACCAGCCGAUCGCCUACAGGGACCGGAACCGGUUCGGUUCCUAAUCGCGGCACCACUCCGGAGGACGAGGAUCGCGAUGCGAAUGCCACGCCUGGGUCCGAGAACACGGAAAGAUCUACGCCCGAGGAGGGACGACCGUAUCGACUGGGGCCUGUGUUCGGGGGCCGAUGCGGCGCGGAGGCGCUCGGGCUGGGGUUAGGGCUGUCGCUGGGCCCGGCCUACAGGUUCGCUCUGCCCCCGGGACUCGCUGCCAAGACCACCCGCUGCCUUGUAUUCGACCAAGGCAAAAAGAAAUUUCCAUCGGAUCCGUCCUGUUGCCCAGCGUGCGGAGUAACUGUAAGGCCGCAGGAAUUGGAGCAACAUUUCGCUCAGGAACUCGACCGACUUUACAAGAUAUCGUCGGCAUCCUCUCGAGCGCGAGCGUCAAGGUCGAGUUUGCCUCCUGGCCAUCCUCAAGACCAUCCCCAUGGACCGAUGCUCCAUGCCCCAUCAGCCGCUGAUGGAACGCCUCAUGGAAGAUGGGAGACUUACAAGAGAAUUAAAGCCAAUAGACAGGCUAGAAUCCGUGUGAAGAACCGGAAACGGAAAGCGGAUGAACCUUCUUGCCCCGUUUGUAGCGAGAGGCUAUCUGGCACGCCGGAGGAAUUGAAUCAGCACGUCGAACGAUGCUUGAACAAACACAAUAAUGGAAAUCCCGCUGGUCAGAAUAAUUUGGACGAAGAGGAGGUGGACGUGGAGGGCGAUGCUGAAACUUUCGAAGAGUAUGAAUGGGCUGGUCAAAGAAGAGUGCGGGCAACGUCGAUGCUCGUCGGAGGAUUUUCUGCUGCAGGUUUGGCGACCUCAUCGAGCAAUCGUUCAACCGCUGGCAACGGUGGAUCUAAUCAGCAGGAAGAGGAAGACGUGGACCUGGUGGUCGAUGGCGACGACGCCGCCGAGUUUGGACCUGCACAGUAUUCCGAAGCCGAUGUGAUCGCGCCACGUAUGGAUGGCACGCCGAGAGAGCAAAAGGAAAGAGACGCUCUUCGAGAAGCCGUGAUAUCGCCAAACGCGUCCAACACGCCUCACACGCCGCACACACCCGAACAAAUCGGUCAAGGUUUGGUCGAGGUGAAACCGGAACCAGGAACAGCGACUCCUCUUGGCCAGAACGAACAAGACGAGAGUGCCUCGACGUCGCCUAGAAGGGACGGUGACACGCCAGUAAUCGAGGCUCUUCGAGGCAGAAUUCGGGAAUUAGAAGCGGAAAUGCGUGGCCAACCGUUUAAGUGUCUCAUCUGCAUGGAACAGUAUAAAAAGCCUGUGACUUCGGUUUGCUGCUGGCACGUUCAUUGCGAACAAUGCUGGUUGCACACAUUGGGUGCGAAAAAGCUGUGUCCACAAUGCAACAUGAUAACGUCGCCUUCAGAUUUGCGACGUAUCUACAUGUGAAGGAAGUCGCGUGUGCCAAACAAGAAAUUGGGUUGUCCGUAGAAAAAUAAUGGUCGAUUUUUUGCCAAAGAAUCGACGCGUUUCGAUAUGACUCGAUCGUGUAAAUAUCUGUAUAUAUUUAUGCGUCACGUUAAAUUAACUCCUUUUAGAUUUACCACGUACGAAUUAUGCACUUAGUAGCGUUAGUAAAUUAAGCCGUGAAAGGCGCGCGCGAAUCAUGUCUCGAUCAUGCUUUAUCGCUCGUCGCGCAGACCAAUUUUCAUCCUGCUAUAAUAUAUAGAAAUAUAUAUAGAAAAAUAUUUCCUCCUCUGAUAAGUUAUCGUAUAAUGUUAGUCGACAAGUUGCUACGCUACUCUUCACAAGUAUUUGGACACCUGCGAUUCGAUCAAAAAAUUCAUAUUUUUUUUUAUUUAUCAACAACGUUUCUCUAUUCUUCGCCAUUUUUCUCUUCUCUUAAAACAAUUAUCGCGAAGAUA